AUGGGUGUUACCAAGGUGUUUACUCGGGCCAAGGCCUCCCCAGAUUCGCACUUCUCUUCACAAGCCCCUACUCCUGCACGCUCGAAUUCCGCUGUCGAGAAGGACCAUGCCAUCAUCGACGAUAGCCCUGUGAAGUAUCUGACAUGGCGAUCCUUCAUCCUCGGUCUGUGUGUGUCCAUGGGUGGAUUCAUCUUCGGUUACUCUACUGGCCAAAUCGCGGGUUUCACAAGCAUGACGGACUUCCAACGUCGUUUCGCCGAGUAUAACCACACGACUGGGCAGUAUUUCUUCAGCAACGUUCGCAACGGUCUCAUUGUUGGUCUGCUCUCUAUUGGAACCAUGAUUGGCGCUCUUGUGGCUGCUCCUAUGGCGGACCGCAUCGGCCGUAAAUACUCCAUCUCUUUCUGGGCUCUGAUCAACAUCGUCGGUAUCAUCGUGCAAAUCGCGGCCACCGACAAGUGGUACCAGGUUGCUCUCGGUCGUUGGGUCAUGGGUCUGGGGGUCGGUGCCCUUUCCAGCGUCGUCCCCAUGUACCAGAGUGAGUCUGCUCCUCGUCAGGUCCGGGGUGCUAUGGUCAGCGCGUUCCAGCUGUUUGUUGCCUUCGGUAUCUUCAUCUCCUACAUCGUCAACUUCGGCACCGAGCGUCUGAACAACACGGGCUCUUGGCGGAUCACCAUGGGGAUCGGGUUUGCUUGGCCUCUGAUCCUGGGUAUCGGUACCCUGUUCCUCCCCGAAUCCCCUCGUUACGCUUACCGUCACGGCCGCACGGAGGAGGCCCGGGAAGUCAUGGCCAAGCUGUACGGUGUCCCUCUCAACCACCGGGUGGUUGCACAGGAGAUGAACGACAUGAAGCAGAAGCUGGAGGAGGAGACCAACGCGGGUGUGGCCCCCUGGUAUGAGAUCUUCACUGGACCUCGGAUGUUCUACCGGACCAUGCUUGGUAUUGUUCUGCAGUCGCUGCAGCAGCUGACCGGCGCCAACUUCAUCUUCUACUACGGAACCAGUAUCUUCCAGGGCGUUGGCCUGAGCAACUCUUUCGUCACUCAGAUCAUUCUCGGUGCGGUCAACUUCGGCAUGACUCUGCCCGGUCUGUACAUCGUUGAGCACUAUGGUCGCCGCAAUACCCUGAUGGUUGGUGCUGCCUGGAUGUUCAUCUGCUUCCUGAUCUGGGCCAGUGUCGGUCACCAGGUCCUGCACUCCGAUCCCACCUCGCACCCUGCCGGUGUUGCGAUGAUUGUCUUCACCUGCUUCUUCAUCGUCGGCUUUGCCACCACCUGGGGUCCCAUUGUCUGGGCCAUCUGUGGUGAGAUGUACCCCUUCCGCUACCGGGCCACCUGCAUGGGUAUCGCCACCGCAGCCAACUGGACCUGGAACUUCCUCAUUUCCUUCUUCACCCCCUUCAUCAACAGCAACAUCGACUUCAACUACGGUUAUGUCUUUGCUGCUUGCAACCUGGCUGCCGUCUUCGUGGUCUUCUUCUUCGUCAACGAGACCCAGGGCCGCACUCUCGAGGAGGUCGAUACCAUGUACGUUCUGCGGGUCCUCCCUGGAAGAGCUCCAGCUGGAAGGCCCCCGAUGGCAUCAUGGAGGACAUCAAGGGUUCCACCCAGCCCAAGGAGGGGAUCUCGGAGGAGCAGCAGCACGAGACUGCCGAGACUGCUCCUCCUGCUUCGAUCCCUGAGCAGGAGUAAUCGUUGUUGCUUUGUGAUUGCUUUGAACCAACGCGAUUUAUGA